AUGGAUGAGACUUCUAGUUGUUUGUUUUUGGGUUCUUGUCAUGGUCUUAUACUUUUUAAUGUAAACGAGCAUAUCUCCUUGUGGAAUCCUUCCAUCCGAUUUCGCGCCAAAGUGCUUGAGCUUUACAUCAUGUUGGGUGACUAUUAUACACAUGGUGGACUUUGUUUCGACACCUCCAAGAAUGUUUACAAGGCAGUGCUGAUCGGUAGUGAAUUUGUUAUAGUUGCUAGUCUUGAAGACAAACAAUGGAGGCUACUCGAAUUUCCGUAUGAUAUCCUUUCAGUCUGUGAUGGGAUUACACUGCAUGGACGAAUCCACUGUAGGGUAAGGGUUAAAGAGUCUUACAUUAGUUACAACGAACACCUGACUAACGCAUUAGUUUGUUUUGAUCCUGCCUCUGAAAAGUUUCACACCUUUCCGGUCCCUGAGCCUAAAUCUGAUCAAGAAGAGAACGCUAUAGCUGGUUUAGGAGUAUUAAAUGAAUGCCUUUGUAUGACUCAGUUGCAGGAUGAUAAAAGCGUUGAGAUAUUGGUCAUGAAGGAAUAUGGAGUAAAAGAAUCAUGGACAUCCUUAUUUUUCAUAAGUAAUUCAGAAUUAGAUCCUUAUUUGGGAACUAUAGCGCCCCUUUUCAUGACAGACAAUGGAGAAUUUGUUUUGGUAACAUGGAAUAGUGAAAAAGUUGUUUUGUACAAUCCUAAGAAUAAUAAUAUUCUAAACGUUGUUGUUGACGGGAAGACAGAAUAUAUAUGGGGCACCAUUCGCUAUGUGGAAAGCUUAAUCUCGCCAAAGGAGUACGUUCUACUGUAA